AUGGCACCGGAUCCGACGACUCUCCACGGCGGGUCUCUGCUAAUUGCCUGGCAGCUGACCAAUAAACGCGUUCUCAUCGUUGGCGGCGGCGACGUCGCGUCGGGUCGGCUCGAAUCUGCCCUCGUCGCCGAUGCGAAUGUUACUCUCGUCGCGCCAGCACCACUCCAUCUUCUUACGCAGGAACUUGUUGACCUCCUUCCUGAUCGGAUAACAUGGCACGAUCGCGAAUUCCAAGAUUCGGACUUGCUCGUUGACCCGGCGGAACAGAAAUACGUAUCAAUGGUGUUCACAGCAAUCGACUCAUUCCCGGAGUCUCAACGUAUCGCACGACUAUGUAACGACUUGCGGAUUCCGGUCAACGCCGCUGAUAUACCGGCGCUGUGCGACUUUUACUUUGGCUCGCAAGUUCGUUCGGGGCCCUUACAAGUCUUGGUGUCGACGAACGGGAAGAGCCCGAAACUCGCAAACUUGAUCCGGAAGAGAAUCGAGAGCGUAAUACCCCCGGAGACGGCGGAGGCCAUUGAGAAUGUAGGCAAGCUCAGGGAGCGGAUAAAGGAGAGGGCCCCUGGCGUCGGUGGGCAAGUGUCCAAGAAACGAAUGCGGUGGAUGGUUGACCUCUGCGGCAAAUGGUCCAUGGAGGACCUUGCGUGUCUAGACGACGAGACGAUGGGCGCGUUAGUCGAUGGAGGCUGGGAAAAAGGCAUCGUCCCCGCCCCGACUGAUGUGAUGGGGGAGAAAGCUCUCCAAAGUAACGGGCAUGCUCUGAAUGGGAGCGCGAAAGGGGAACCGGAAAGGAGGCACGCAGGCGUUACGCCUGUCGUGGCGGCGUUCGUGGCGGGGGCCCUGCUUUCCGGGCUGACGGUAUUGAGCAGGUUGAGGCGGUGAUAUGCUGUGAGAGAGAUGUUGAAUUGGAUGAAUGAGUAAGUGAACAUCAAAUUGUUCUAUGUAGUGAAGGACGCACUCGAUAUCAAUAAGAAUAUAGAAGUAAUGACUUUAUACGAAGCGCUCUGUGGAAUCCUCUGACGCAAAUGUAUUAUAAUGCAUAUACUC